AGGCAUUUACACGGGAAGAGAAAGGGAGAACGAGACGGGACGCCCUCCUCCUCCUCCUCCUCUUUUCUUCCUCCUCUUCCUCCUCCUCCAGUUUCUUGGCGGAUAACGGUUUUCAAGAAGUUCUCCAGACAAAAGGCGCAGAGAGAGAGAGGCUGUCAGAGCUGCGUUCAUGCAGCCUCUCCACGCUGUCCCUGCUGCGCUACACACAGGACAGAACCGCCGGCGGAGCGCAGAUCAUGGAGGAUUUGGGAGGGCCUGAGCUGCCUAACUACCCUCUAAGUCCUCGUAUUGUUGUGUUUGACGCCCUCCUGGCCGAUUUGGAGAACAGCGGCGCUCCUCUUCCUCGGUGUCCUGUUUUGCUCACCUCAGACCCUCCGCAAAAUCCGGAUUCCUCCAGCCAGGACCUGAGCCACACUCGGCCACCUCCACCUGCCUACACCCCGCAGCAGACCGUUUCUGCUGCCAUGAAGUCCUCACAGAACUCGAACCCUGACAAGUUGUACAGCACAGUGUGUAAACCGCGCUCUCCUCGCACAGCAGAUCCUCCUCCCGCCUUCUCCUCCUCUUCACUCUUAGGUGGAGGUCUGAGUGAGCUGGACCAUCUGCUGCAGGAGCUGAACGCCACCCAGUUUAACAUCACAGAUGAGAUUCUGGCCCAGUUUCCUUCAUCUGACAAAGAUGAGAAGGACAAGAUCAAGGAGAAGACCUCCACUUCUAGCUCAGCAAAACCCUCAGCAACGUCAGCCACAUUGGAGCUGGACAAACUUAUGGCAUCGCUGUCAGAUUUCAGAGUCCAGAGCACACCGCCAGCUUCUGUCACCCCCGUGGUUAAAACACAGCAGCAGCCCCCUGCGCCGCCCCCGCCUGCCGCUCCAACCCAACCCACAUCUGGAGGGUCGCUGGACAGCAUGCUGGGGCUCCUCCAAUCGGACCUGAGCCGACAAGGCGUUCAGACGUCCUCCAAGGGAAACUGUUCGGCGUGUCAAAAGCCGGUUGUGGGACAGGUGGUGACAGCUCUGGGGAAGGUGUGGCACCCGGAGCACUUUGUCUGCACCGAGUGUGAGACUGAACUGGGAAGCCGCAACUUCUUCGAGAAGGACGGCCGGCCGUACUGCGAAUCUGACUACUUCACGCUCUUCUCCCCCCACUGUGCCCACUGCAGUAAACCCAUUCUGAACAAAAUGGUCACUGCUCUGGACAAGAACUGGCACCCAGAGUGUUUUUGCUGUGUCAAGUGCAGCCGCACCUUUGGAGACGAAGGUUUUCAUGACCGUGAGGGACAGCAGUACUGUCAGCAGUGCUUCCUGACUCUCUUUGCCUCCCGCUGUCAAGGCUGCAGCCAGCCCAUUCUGGAAAACUACAUCUCAGCUCUUAACUCGCUGUGGCACCCCCAAUGCUUCGUGUGCAGGGAGUGCUACAGCCCUUUUGUGAACGGCAGCUUCUUUGAACACGACGGCAAGCCGCUGUGUGAGGCCCACUAUCACCAGUCGCGUGGCAGCAUGUGCCACGCCUGCCAACAGCCCAUCCUGGGCCGCUGCGUCACUGCCAUGGGGGCCAAAUUCCACCCCCAUCACCUCGUGUGCCAUUUCUGCCUAAAGCCCCUGAGCAAAGGUUGCUUUAAAGAGCAGGAGAACAAGCCAUACUGCCACCCCUGCUUCAUCAAGCUCUUUGGUUGAGGACACAACUCAAACGUUUUAAAACAAGCCCCCCAAAGACAAAUGUGGUGUAACACUUUUUUUCAACAGCCUUGGGCACAAAGUGGAACCAAUACUGUAAACGAUUUGUCUUAAAAAGUAAAACAAUUUUUCCGUGAAAGUACAACUUUUACAUGUUUUGCUAAAUCAAAUGGAUUUUUCGUUAAAGGAUGACAACUUAUUUUUCACUUGUAAUGUCAAACAGUUAAAUUCCCUUUAUAAUAUUUGCUUUUUAUCGCUACAGAUAUACAUGUCACAGCAGAUGCAUUCAUGUACAACAUGCUGCCAGCUUUUUACAUUCAUGUAAACCAUAUCAUGUUUAAAAGCAGAUGUUUUGCAUUUUUUCCACCAAUCCUCUCCACUACUUGGAUGGGAAACAAAUUUCUAAAGAAUAAAAAUGAAGAAAAUGUA